CUCAAUUUUCUGUUUUUCUACCGUACCGUAUCUCWGAUCUAUUUUCCAUCACGAGCUACAACAUCAUCAUUUCUGUUCUGCUGUUUCAACCAUAAUCCUCGACAAACCUCGCUAAAGGUUGGGAGCCUUGUAUUGUACAUGAAUCUGCAUUUUGCCUUUUUUUUCGCCCUGUUGGUAACAGAAUUUGAUGCACUGUGUGUUCAGAAAAUWGCUUCCUUUCGUGGAAGAGGAAUCGCAACAAGAAAAUUAGAUCUUCCCAUGGCCUUGUCGUUGCUGAAAGAAAAGGACAGUUUUGCAAAUGAGGAAAAAAUUCCGACGGRUCAUCCGUAUUCAAGUCAGGCCUCUUCAAAAAAAAUUGUCUUGAUCCGACACGGCCGGACAUAUAUGAACGAAUACAUCGGCGGAGGAGGGGUCAGCUUCGGUCAACCAAAUUUUACCGAUGUUUUUUCAGAAGAGGAGCAGAAGAAAUAUCACGAUUCGCCUCUAUCCGAUGUAGGAGUGGAACAAGCCAAAUCGUUGAACURUUUGCUCAGAGAUCUUAAACACAACAAAGCGAGUGACCCCGAUGCUCUGGGAAUGGUCCGAAAGCUCGGCGCUCCACGGCAUGAAAACAUCAGCACUUUUACCGACACCGACUUCUUGCAUGAUCUUGACCUGGUUGUAGUUAGUCCGUUAACUAGAGCGCUAGAAACGUUCGAAAUGUCACUAAAGGAGCACAUCGAUAGUAGAGAAGACGACCAACCAGGUGYGCGAGUUUUAGCAAUGGCAGCAGCGGCCGAACGACUGUACCUCGUUUCUGACCUCGGUAAGCCUAGGUCGGAACUUAGGCUUCGACACCCGUCUAUUGAUUUCGAUACUGCGUUCGCGUACAGUCACAAUUGUGGAAUUCAAUCGUCUUGCGAUGCAAAAGAUUCCCUUGAUGCAUGGCAUUUUCAGGUAUCGGAUAGUAUAGCAGAUUGUUAUGAAGAGUGGCGGCCCAACGGUCAAGGUCAAGUGUACGCGUGUUUUGGAGAACCAUCGGAAUACUUCGAUCGCCGCAUGACUGACUUUUACUACUGGCUGGAGUCGAGAAAAGAAAAUUGCAUCGCGAUUGUUUGUCAUGCAGGUGUGAUUGAUUGGUUGACAUCUGGAGAGAAAUUUUCGAACUGUGAAUUACGAGUUCAAACAUUCGACAGUCUGCGACCAAGAGCGCUGCGAGAGAAAAGAMCCCUAGCGAAUUGAAGAAGCACUUCGACUUUCUUCGUCGCGCUAAAGCACCAUUSCCGCUCUCCUACCAUUAGAACAAAAAAAAAGUUUUGCUAAUCUCUGCUCGGCAAAAAUGCAUAAAGCCAUUCUUUGAUUUGAAGCGGCGCUAUUACAAUUCUACGAAAGUGUUUCUUUCUGUUCACCCUAAAAUACAAUCGCUGCGGCCUAGAAAUUCGACGACAUCUAGUAAAUCAGUAAAGACCGGUACCCCUCGACGUCUCCAUUCGCUGGCAAGCUCGGUUUCUUGGUAACGAUCCAACAGAGCUGCGUGCAUUCCAACACGGCGAGCUCCCUGAAAAUCCUUCUGGAAAUCGUUGCCAAUGUGAAAUACAUUGCUCGGUUCCAAUGGUUCUCUCGAGUCGGGCAAGAGGGGUUCCCCUCUGUGCAUCGCUGCCACAAAUGCGCGCGGGUCGGGUUUUUCGAUCCCUAGGUCUUUGCUGUAGCAUUGAAACUGCAAUUCGUCGUGAGUCAGCCCUAGCAUCGGUAAAAUAGAAUCUCCAUAGCGCUCAUCGGCAUUGCUCAGGACUCCACAGACUAAACCAUUGCGAUGGGCCCAGUUGAGAAAGGGAAGGGCGUCCGGGAAAAUUUCAUAUGCAUUGCUGCUACCAAACGUGCUGUAUAUUCGUUGAAACACCAUUUCCGAAGUAUAAUCAUCCAUAGUCGCACCCGCAUAUUUAAAGGACUUCAAAACACAUAUUCUCCACCAAUCYUUAGCGGUCAUGUCUUCCCCCCCGAAACACGGGUGAAGUUUUGACGUUUCCUUGUAGGCUCUUCCAAACGCACUUGCAAACUGGCUGCUGUCGACGUUCUUGACACCGUGUUUUGUGGCAGCACCGAGAUAAUGCUCCUCAAGCGACCCUCGGAACGAGACCAGGGUUCCGGUGAUGUCGAAUGUUAUCAUUCGGAUUCGUUUGGGUCGAACCUUGGGCCAGGACGCCAUUGAUCUUUGAGGUAGGCACGGAGCAAUACGCCGAGACGGUACUUUCGGUUCCAUCCGACCCAUGGAGGCCCGGAUCGUGUGCAGCGAACAACAUGUCGACGCAUUGGUUACCACCGCCUUAUUCCUUCGAAAUACAUUAUUCAUACCGUA